AUGGCGGCGGAGCCGGGCCCGGGCCCGGGGCCCGACGCGGAGCUGGAGGAGCUGCUGGACAGUGCCCUGGACGACUUCGAGCGCAGCCGCCCCGCGCCCCCUGCCCCCGCCCGCUCCUCCCCUGCCCCGUGCCCCUCCUCGGCCGCCGACGCCAAGGGCUCGCUCUUCUCCUCGCAGGAGAGGUUCUUCCAGGAGCUCUUCGAGGGCGAGCUGGCGGCGCAGGCGGCGGCCGAGUUCCAGGAGGCCAUGCAGGAGCUGGCGCGCCAGGAGCCCCAGCUGCUCGAGCAGUUCCAGAAGCUCUCCGAGGCCGCCGGCAAAGUCGGCAGCGACGCGGCCUCGCAGCAGGAAUUCACCUCCUGCCUCAAGGAGACCCUGAGCGGGCUGGCCAAGAACGCCAAUGACCUCCAGAAUUCCCCGGGCUCGGAGGAGGAGCUGGCCAAGGCCCUGGAGGGGCUGGGGCUGGACGAGGGCGGCGGCGACGGCGUCCUGCCCGUCAUGCGCAGCAUCAUGGAGUCCCUGCUGUCCAAGGACGUGCUCUACCCCUCCCUCAAGGAGAUCACCGAGAAGUACCCGGAGUGGCUGCGGCAGCACGAGGGCUCGCUGUCCCCGGAGCAGCGGGCGCGGUUCCGGGCGCAGCAGGCGCUGAUGCUGCGGAUCUGCGCCGAGCUGGAGCGCGAGCGGCCGGAGGAGCCCGAGGGGCAGCGCCGGGAGCGCUUCGAGACCCUGCUGGACCUGAUGCAGCAGCUGCAGGACCUGGGCCACCCCCCCAAGGAGCUGGCAGGGGACACGCCACCGGGACUGAACCUGACGGGGGAGCAGUGCCGCCUCAUGUAGGGCACUUUUGGGGUGCCCCCGGCUUUGGGGUGCCCCGGCUUUGGGGUGCCCCAGUUUUGGGGCGCCCCGGUUUUGGGGUGCCCCGGCUUUGGGGUGCCCCGGUUUUGGGGUGCCCCAGUUUUGGGGUGCCCCGGCUUUGGGGUGCCCCAGUUUUGGGGUGCCCCGGCUUUGGGGUGCCCCCGGCCCUCCGGGGGUGAAGCGGAGCCCAGCAGGGGGGUUGGCCCCCGCCCAGGUUCGGGGUUUUGGGGUUUUGGGGGCUCCCCUGGGGCGCUGUCCCCCCGCACCCCCCGAGCCCAAUAAAGAGCUGGUGACGGGAA